UGACAGUGCAUGUCGUCGAUUGUCACAAAAGCGCAUCGUUUUAUAAAACAAAAAUAUUCGUUCAUUGUUGCUCGGACGGCCCAGGAUCGCAUGUCUGACGACACUGACGAUUUCAGACAUUUCUUCUGUCUAAGAACGACAGAAUAAAUUCCUCCUGUCUAAGAGCGGAUUGUGUCAUCACGGCGCGGGAAUCUAACUGGCAAGGCUGGACAACAUCAGCAACCUGCGCAAGUCCGUCAUCAAAGUUAUGAAGAUCAAAUUGCCGCGCGAUCGCUUUCCGUCAACAUCAUCGACUGACGAGAACGAGAGCGGCACGGAGUGGGAGGCGGAGGCGGGGCUGCGGCCGCCCAUGCUGCAGGCUCGCCUGCCGCCGCCGCAAGCCGUGGUAGUGGGCUCAGUGCGGAAGCGGCGCGGCAACUUGCCCAAGCAUUCUGUCAAGAUUCUCAAGCGUUGGCUCUACGACCAUCGCUACAAUGCUUACCCCAGCGACGCGGAGAAACUGGCCCUUAGCCAGGAGGCUAACCUAACCGUUCUUCAGGUUUGCAAUUGGUUCAUAAAUGCCAGGCGACGCAUCCUGCCUGAAAUGAUCCGACGCGAAGGUCACGACCCCGUGCACUAUACGAUCUCGCGGCGAGGGCGCAAGCAGCCGCCUGGCGCUGCUUUGGGAGCCCUAGGCGCGCUCGGCCUGCCUGCCUCGGGCUCUGGACUCGGUCUCGCACCCGCGAACAUCACUGUCGCUGGCUGGGGCGGAGUCGAAGUCGAGAACGUGGUGGACAACAGUCGCGGGCAUGAUUACGGCGAUGGGCUGCUGGUGUACCGUAGUGACGCAUUGGGCGACGCAGAGGAGGGAUACUCGAGCGCCGUCAGCGAGGAGGAGGUCAAGUAUGACCCCUCCGUCUGGCAAUCCGUCAUCCGCUAUGGACCUGACGACAGGGACCUGCAUCCUGCUAUCAGAGGAUCUGGUGGAGUGGUGACGAUGAGCUCGUCUCAGCUGGUGGAGGGUGAGGUCGAGAAUGAUGGUGACGGCUGGGCGACGCAGCUGCCGCGUCUGCAUCAGCCGCUGCACACACAGGUGAGCCCGCCGCCGCCCGUCGCCAUGGAGCUGGAAGUGGCAACCACCGACAUGUGGUGCCACAACAACAGGACUGAUACAUGAAUAUUGUAUCCCAACUGCUUAACUAAACUUCAUCCAUUCUGUCUAUAGACAAUAGACGAUAUUCAAAAUAAACACCAACUAGACUAAUAAAGAUAAUUAAAUUAAGGAUAUGUAAUUAAGCUUCAAAAAUAGUAGCACAAAAAUUUCUAAAGCUUACUAUAAGAAUUUUUAAAAGUAGUCUGCCCCAAUACUCUUUCGCUUAUCGUUUUAAAGUCAGUUGUGGGCAUUUUUUAAAUGCGUUAAAAUUUAAUAGGCUAUAAGGAAUACUUACAAAGCCGUUUAGUGAAUUCUAGGGUACGAUAUUUUCACCCUAUGGUGUCGUAAUCACUA